CCAUGCUGCUCUUCUGCCCGGCCUGCGGCAACGUGCUGGUGGCCGAGGAGGGGCCGCGCUGCCACCGCUUCGCCUGCACCACCUGCCCCUACGUGCGCAACGUGACGCGCAAGGUGACGAGCAGGAAGUACCCGCAGCUCAAGGAGGUGGACGACGUGCUGGGCGGCGCGGCGGCCUGGGAGAACGUGGACUCCACGGCGGAGCCGUGCCCCAAGUGCGAGCACCCSCGCGCCUACUUCAUGCAGCUGCAGACGCGCUCGGCCGACGAGCCCAUGACCACGUUCUACAAGUGCUGCAACGCGCAGUGCGGCCACCGCUGGAGGGACUGAG